AUGGCAUCCUACCGCUUUUUAAGCUAUUUGUGGCUGCAUCAAUAUGCUUCACAGACUUUCGCAAUAAUCAUUAUUCUGGCUUUUUUUCGAUUACUGUAUACCAGUUACAUUUCUCCUUUAUGGUACUUAAAGAAAUUAAGAAUUAAAGUGCCGUUACCGAAACCCUUUAUAGGUAAUGUUACCGAUGAAGGAGGAACUAAUCAGCAUAUAGCCCAGGUCAAAAGACAGGAAAGAUUUGGUACAGUGAAUGGAACGCUAUUUUUUCACAUUCCAACAAUAUGGAUUGGCGAUCCUAAUAUAUUAAAAAUAGUAACUGUUAAAGAAUUUUCAAAUUUUACUAAUAGAUUUAGUUUUGUAAAGUCUAGGCCUCCAUUUGACGAUUCCGUGUUACAAUUAAAAGAUCAAGAAUGGAAACGCGUUAGAAACAUCCUGCUGCCAACAUUUAGUGUAUCUAAACUUAAGGCUAUAGUUCCAUUAGUAAAGGAUACUUGCAGGUCUAUAAUACGUACAAUUGCACAAGCAGAAGAGGAACAAAAAUCUAUUGAUAUAUGGCGUGAAUGUGGUAAAUUCAGUAUGAAAGUUAUGUUGGUCAUAGCAUUCGGAAUGGAUUUUAAAUCAGAAGAGCAAGAGCGGAAGCUAACUAAUGCAGCAGCUGCACAAUUUCGAGGAGCUGGAAGUUUAAAGCGGCUCCUAAUUUUUAUAUGUGGUCCUCUCUAUAAAUUUUUGAAACCCUUUGUUAAGAAUGAGUUUGACGAUUCAUUAGAAUACUUAACAAAUACCGCUAAAAACGUCAUAAAAGAAAGAAGAAGAAAUUUGAAAGAACGUAUACCUUGCCGAAAUGAUAUUUUGCAGCAAAUGAUUGAAGCAGGAGAUAGCGAUAAGCUUAAAAAUGCUGAAAUAGUUGCUCAGUCAGUUAUAUUUCUUACUGUAGGAUAUGAAACUACAGCCAAUACACUAGCUUUUGCCUGCUAUUUGCUUGCAAUUAAUCCUAAUGUUCAAAAGAAACUACUAGAAGAAAUAGAUACUAUAUGUCCAGCUAUUGGAGGUAUCAGUUACGAUGCUUUAUUUGAUUUACAAUAUCUUGAAAUGGUUAUUGCCGAAACUUUGAGAAUGUAUCCUCCAGUCUAUUUUGUUAAUCGGGACGUGAAGGAAACUAUGGUUAUCGAUGGCGUUCGAAUAGGUCGAGGUGUUAUGCUUGGCAUCCCAAUCUAUGCUAUACAUCACAAUCCAAAACUCUGGCCUAAUCCUGAUCAAUUCAUGCCAGAACGAUUUUCGUCUAAGGAAAAAUCUAAGCGCCAUCCUUAUAGUUAUUUACCAUUUGGAAGCGGACCACGCAAUUGUUUGGGUAUACGUUUAGCUAUGCUAGAAGUUAAAAUAGCCUUAGUUAGUAUUCUGCAAAAUUUUGAACUGAUAAUUUCUAAAGAUACCGUUAUUCCCAUCCAAGUGAGAACUGCAUCAACAUUAUCGCCUGCAAAUGAGCUUAACUUAGGCUUCAGAAAACGAUACUAA